AGUGACUGACUGAAUGACUGACAAGCAGGGCCCCCAUACCCACUACAUUACUCCAGCCUCCCCACGUCCGAUGAACGAUGGGGAGUCCCUUCCUUUCUGCACCUUUUUUUCCUUUCUUGUGACUACACCCCGCUUCAUUGCAUGGUCGAAAAUCUCUGUCUAUCUCCGUUCAAGUGAAGAGUAAAUUCUUACACAUUAGUCGCUGGUUUGAAUAUCGGUUGAGCUGUCGGAGAUCACUUCUCGUACCGGAAAUACAUAUCUUGUUUCCUACUUACCUACGCCGGCUCUCCUGCUUAUACCCUACCUGGCUUUGAACCUAUAGACAUGACCUCACCUAGCCGCCAUGUCCGAACAGAAGCAGAAUCAUGAUAGCCUGUCCGUUCCUCGGAACACCGAGGCCAAGACGAGAUUUGAUAAUGAACCAGAACACACGGAUGAUACCAGCCAGAGGUUAUCGAUAGACAGCAAGAUGUCUUGGUCACACGACCACGGAAAGGGACUCUCAGCCCUACCAGACCCAGACUCGUUCCGCAGAUUUUCUACAAGCCCGUUCCAAAAUGGGAGAGCGUCGCCGUUGCCAGGGGCAGAGUGUCCUCCGCCGAUAUUACAGAGCUCUCGAAAGACGACCAAAAUGGCGGCGUUCUGGCAGACCAACAAGGGCGUCGUUUUGGUGGCAUUAUCACAACUAUUCGGUGCUCUGAUGAACCUCACAGCAAGGCUCCUCGAACUCGAAGACGAAGGGAUGCACCCACUACAGGUCCUCUUCGCCCGGCAAAGCGUCACGAUGGUCUGUUGCUGUCUUUACAUGUACUACAUGAAGACGCCCGACUUCCCCUUUGGAAAGAAGGAAAUCAGAUGGCUGCUCAUCGCCAGAGGUGUAUCGGGCUUCUUCGGCAUCUUUGGCAUGUGGUACUCGAUGAUGUACCUCCCCCUUGCCGAGGCCACCGUCAUUACUUUCUUGGCUCCCAGCGUCGCCGGUUACGUGUGCUACCUCGCCAUCCGCGAACCGUUCACCAGAAACGAGCAAAUCGGCACCGUCAUCGCCUUCUUCGGCGUCGUCCUCAUCGCCCACCCGACCUCGCUUUUCUCCGGGGACUCGACGUCCACGGCCGCCACCACCGCGCCGGAAACCCCAGGUCUGAAUAACGGGACAAUGACCUCGACGCUGCCGGGACUGAACCACCAGGCUACGACAGCGGAGCGGCUGAUGGCCAUCGGAGUUGCGAUAGUGGGUGUAUUCGGGGCUGCGGGGGCAUUCACGACCAUCCGAUGGAUCGGGAAGAGGGCACACCCGCUCAUCUCAGUAAACUACUUUGCGACGUGGUGCACCAUCGUCUGCGCCGUCGUGCUCACCACCGCGCCCAUGCUCGAGAUCGGACAACCCGCCCUGCGAUGGGGCCUCCCGCAGACGGGACGGCAGUGGCUCUUCCUCGUGCUGCUGGGCGUGUUCGGGUUCGUGAUGCAGUUCCUCCUCACGGCGGGGCUCGGCACGGAUCGGUCGAAUCGGGCCAACGCCAUGGUGUACACGCACAUGCUCUUCGCGGCCGGGUUCGACCGCUUCAUCUUUGGCAACGUCAUGGGGUGGAUGAGUCUCGCGGGCUGCGGGCUGAUUAUCGGAAGUGCGCUGUGGGUGGUGCUGACGAAGAGAGCGCCGGUGCCGAAGAGGGAGGCGGAUGUGGAGGUUGACAAUGUGCGGGAUACGGAGGCUGUGCCGAUGUUGGCUGAUAUGGAUGGUGGAAGGACGAGGACUUUGAGCUACAGAGAGUGAGGUGAUGAUAUAUGACGGCUUACGAUGUAUGACGAUUGGAUAUACGUCACAAGAUGAUGAAAAGGAGCCCGGGAAUAGAUUUAUUGGCUAGUGUCGUACGAUACUUGAUAGACGCCUAGAAUGGGGAUCUUGGGCAUAUUGUAUCAAUAUUCGUUAUCAAGUCAGGCAAUAGACAUUCAAACUCGCCAAAA